GUCGUGUCGGGAUUGGAAUGUUACCGACUAACAAUCGGAACAACUGAGCACUCGGUAAUUGGACACUAGGAUCAAGGAAUCCCGUCUUUUUGAACCUUUUCUCAGCUAUUUCUCCGGUCUGAGCUCCGCGUUUGUUUGCCGCGUGUCGACCGGAUAACUUCGCCUGCUGCGUGUCUCCCUCCGCCGAUGAGGUUUUUAUUUAAUAUCGGCGCGUAUGAGGGAAUGAGGGGAGGUUGUAAUAAAUAAGAAGAGAAAUGCAGGGAUUCGUCAGGUUACAGUUGUAGCUGAGCUGCCCCUGCGCUACGACGCUUCCCCCACCGGUUUUUGCCUCUCCUCACACGGGACCAUGGAGUGAUAAAAGAGGGGGAAUAAGACGAAUUCACCCGGAGGCUUUUGGAUCCGAGCGCAGCGGCUACACCGACGGCUUUUUAACACUCCCUGCUCAAUGUGUUGCCGAGUUUAACAUCCAAACCGGGGUAUACCUUUCCGUCUGGGAGAGCCUCGGGGACCCCUGCCGUUGUUCACCCGGUGGGAGAGAGUUCCCACACGGCUGUCGGACAGUUUUCCAUCUGAACAGCCCCACACAGCCAGCCUGAAUGAGGCUGAGAAGAAGCGCCGGGGACGAGAGCCGCUGCAUGUGAUUGUGUCCGAGAGGGUCCGGGCAGCGCUGAGCUUUCUCAGGCUCCUCAGCCGCGCUGCAGGCGCUGUGCGAUAUGGUGAAACUCUACAGAAGAGGGAGAACGGGACAAUACUUUUAAAAUCGCCCACAUGCACUGGAUCAAUUGCUGGAUUUGGGAACCGAAUACGCAGAAGGGGGGUUGGGGAUCCUUGGAGGCUGCCGGAGGAUGGAGCGGUGUAGCCGCUGGUGGUGAGAGCCUAACUUCGGGCCACUUUACAUUUCUUAUUCCUAAACAACUCGCCCCUGUUCCCAGGACACAUGCAGGCCAAAAAACGCUACCUGAUCCUGCUCUCCGCCGGUGCAUGUCUAGUGCUUCUCUUCUACCUCGGAGGGGUUCAACUUCCAGCGGCGAGCAGGAGCCGGCAUGACCGCAGCCGGAAUGGGUACCGGCCCGAGCAGCCCUGGCCUCACUUCUCAGACCCGUUACACCUCUUCCUGCCCUGGGAUCAGACGGACACCGAGGAGUACAACCUGCACAUAUCUCCGAGGCAGAAGAGGGACGUCAAUACGAGUGUUUACAAAGGCAAGCGGUGCCGCAUGGAUUCAUGCUUUGAUUUCUCUCUGUGUCAGAAGAACGGAUUCAAAGUUUAUGUUUACCCGCAGCAGAAGGGGGAGAAGAUCUCAGAGAGUUAUCAGAAUAUUUUAUCGACCAUUGAGGGGUCCAGGUUUUACACCUCAGACCCCGGACAGGCGUGUCUGUUCGUCCUGAGUCUGGACACUCUGGACCGGGACCAGCUGUCCCCGCAAUACGUCCACAACCUGAAGACCAAGGUCCAGAACCUGCCUCUGUGGAACGACGGCAGAAACCACCUCAUAUUUAACUUGUACUCGGGGACGUGGCCGGACUAUACGGAAGACCUGGGCUUUGACAUCGGUCAGGCCAUGUUGGCCAAAGCCAGCAUCAGCACCGAGAACUUCAGGCCCAACUUCGACGUGUCCAUCCCCCUCUUCUCCAAGGAGCACCCUCGGACCGGCGGAGAGAGGGGGUACCUCAAGUACAACUCCAUCCCGCCUUUUAGAAAAUACAUGCUGGUGUUCAAGGGGAAGCGCUACCUGACAGGUAUCGGCUCGGACACCAGGAAUGCCUUACAUCACGUCCACAACGCAGAGGACGUGGUGCUGCUCACCACCUGCAAGCAUGGCAAAGACUGGCAGAAACACAAGGACGCACGCUGUGACAAGGACAACGCAGAGUAUGACAAGUACGACUACAAGGAGAUGCUCCACAACUCCACCUUUUGUUUGGUGCCCCGUGGCAGAAGACUGGGCUCCUUUCGCUUCCUCGAGGCUCUGCAGGCUGCAUGUGUGCCAGUGAUGCUGAGUAACGGUUGGGAGCUGCCUUUCUCCGAGAUCAUCGACUGGAACACAGCCGCGGUGAUCGGCGACGAGAGGCUCCUGCUGCAGAUCCCCACCACGGUGCGCUCCAUCCACCAGGAUAAGAUCCUGUCCCUCAGACAGCAGACUCAGUUCCUCUGGGAGGCCUACUUCUCAUCUGUAGAGAAGAUAGUGCUGACCACACUAGAGAUCAUCCAGGACCGUGUGUUGGAGCACGGCUCCAGGAGCAGCCUGAUGUGGAACAGUCACCCUGGGGGACUCUUUGCUAUGCCGCAGUACUCUGGAUACCUGGGAGACUUCCCCUUCUACUACGCCACACUGGGUAUUAAACCGUACCCCAAGUUCACAGCGGUCAUCCAUGCUGUCUCUCCUCUGGUGUCCCAGUCGCAGCCCAUACUCAAGCUCCUGGUAGCUGUGGCCAAGUCCCAAUACUGUGCACAGAUCAUUGUCCUGUGGAACAGUGACAAGCCUCUCCCAGCCAAGCACCGCUGGCCCGCCACCUCAGUGCCCGUCAUUGUCAUCGAGGGAGAGAAUAAGGUGAUGAGCAGUCGCUUCUUGCCCUACGAGACCAUAGUGACCGACGCUGUCCUCAGCCUGGAUGAAGACACAGUGUUGUCCACCACAGAGGUGGAUUUUGCCUUCACGGUCUGGCAGAGUUUCCCAGAGCGAAUCGUAGGUUACCCCGCUCGCAGCCACUUCUGGGACAGCAACAAGGAGCGCUGGGGUUACACAUCCAAAUGGACCAACGAUUAUUCGAUGGUGCUGACUGGCGCCGCCAUCUACCACAGGUAUUACCAUUACCUGUACACCAACUAUUUACCCACUAGUCUGAAGGGCAUGGUGGACCAGCUGGCCAACUGUGAGGACAUCCUGAUGAACUUCCUGGUCUCUGCUGUCACCAAGCUGCCGCCCAUCAAGGUCACACAGAAGAAACAGUACAAGGAGACCAUGAUGGGACAGUCUUCGAGGGCUUCUCGCUGGGCCGAUCCGGACCACUUUGCCCAGCGGCAAACCUGCAUGAACAAGUUCGCCAGCUGGUUUGGCGCCAUGCCGCUGGUCCACUCCCAGAUGAGACUGGACCCCGUCCUGUUCAAGGACCAGGUCUCCAUCCUCCGCAAGAAAUACAGGGACAUCGAGAGGCUCUGACAGGACCGGCGCCCCCUCGGGGGAGACCCCACACAGGGGGAGGCGCGAGAGAGAGACUCUGUGGAGAGUAGAAGGAGUAGUAGAACUACAGCAGGAUGGACAGGGAGCGACACAGCUCUGUCUUCCACUCAGCACAUUGCCAAUGACCACAGCGCCGCUGCUGCCAGGACUUGACGCAGGAAGGGAUGAAUAGGAAACAAGCAGAUGGCUUUUGGAUAUGAAAAAACACAAACAAAAACCGCAAACACAGACAGACAAAGAGGAGUACACAAACUGAUGGACUUGCCAAACAGUACUGUAUGUUUUGCAAAUGUGCAAACACACAGCACACACUACUGACGACAAGAACUCUUGGAUAGAAUAUUUUUUUGUACAACGUGAACAAGGACGACAAUGACUUUCCUGCUCUCUCGGCACAUGUGCAGGAUGGUAGAAGAGGGAAGGUGUCCACGAUCGCAAACCUAGCAACCCCACCCACCAUGAAUCCUACUGGUCGCCCCUAGCAACCCUCCCCAGUCUGCAUCAGGACGUAAUACUGGACAACCAGAACCCCUGCUUUAUCACCCUGUUCUUCAGUUGGUUUGAUUUCUGUACAAAUCAGCUCUCUGGUGUCACUGUUGACCCUUUGUCCUUUCUGAGAGGUUUAAAAUCAGAGCGUCAUCAGUUUAAUAUUUUCGUUCUCAAGGCAGAAAAGGUAAACAGUAGUGUCCAACCUGUUAUUACAGUGGCUCGACAAGGUUUUUAUUGCAAAGCGGCCAUUAUUUCAUGAAAUUCUCAGCUAUCAACACACAUUCUUGAGCCUGAAGUCUGAAAACAUCCCGUCUGUCCUAUCCUCGGCUCAUUCCUUGAUGUGCUGAUAUGGCUUUUAUAAUGGUCUAUCUGCUCCUCUGUUAUCACUGAGAUAAGUUAGAAAAACAUCUCGUUUCAUAUCCCCCUUUCCUUUCAUACUCGCCACGGCAGUUGUACUUUUCUCAUCUUUUUUUUUCACUCACUUUCAUCAUCUUUUAUUCCCCCCUUCAAACUCUCUGUACUUUCACUGUUCUGUGUGAGUGUGUGAGUGUGUGCCUGUGUGCGUGUUUAUGUGUGCGUGCAUUCUGUGUUUAUACAGAGCCUUGAAAAGUUGGCUCAUCCAACCAUAAGCUCAAGCGGAGUACAUUUUCCCUCCGUUGGAAUGAGCGAAAUGAACAUUUCUGGAUGAAAUGGAGCAGAACGUUGCAUUCUAACCCAAACUCGUUUCGCCCAUUUAUUUCUUCCUGCAUGGCCUCGCAGCACUAUCCUUACAGGGAGAAAUGGAAUAAAAUUUCAGACCGUAGCAGGUCUUUAGUGACCAGCGUCAUUUCACAGGAGUGCUUGUGGAGAGAUUUUUAACGCUGAGCACAUCAGUGCCAUUCUGACAUCAGGGUCUGCCUUUUAAAAUUGUUUAUUGCACAUCACGUUGCCUACAUCAGUUUGAGAUGCCUAAAUGCUCUGGUGUUGAAAUAUUGUAGUCAUCAGUCCAGUGUGGCUCUCCUGCCACCAUUAUUUUUAUUUUUGUGUUUUCUCUGUGACAUAUCAGAGGACCUUAGAGCCAUUAAAUUGACAAAAGGUUUUCUCCUCCAUUUGUCAGGCAGAGAUACGUUUGGGCUUCAAUUAGGUAAACCCAUUUCAUUUGGAGGGCUGUUUUAUUCCCAGGGGACAAGCUGUUGAUGAAACACUCUAACAUUAUGGACCAUUGUGUUGUGGAAGCAGUGACCCACAAACAUGACCUGCUGGCUAAUGCUAGCCUUGGGAGGACAGCUUUUUUUUUUUUCUCUCCCCUCACACACACACCCUCCCCAGCUGCUCACAUCGCAAUUGUAUUCACAUCGAACUGCCUGACAUUUUGCACCUUAAAUUACCUUAUUGGUAUGGACAACCAGAUCAGAAUGCUAAAAUAACAAGCUAUUUCCACUGUUAAUUGAUUAUUUGGAAGAGAUAGGCGGUCUGAGGAAAUGUCUGGCUCAUAGCGGAGAAGCUUCGCGCUGUCAGUAGGUCUGCACGCAGCAUGCAGCCAAGAGCACAGGCAGUCCACUCACACAUUUAGUUUGCAGACACUUAAAUGAGAGCAGCACGCUUUUAGUGGCCUUUCUGUCGGGCAGGCAUUCAGCAUAAUGUCUCAGCCAAAGCUGUUCAGUGUACGCGUGUGUGUGUAGCUGUCAUCAACAGCAUCAAUAUCAGUGUCACACAUUCAGUUACUGUUUUUACUUUGAUGUUUUUUCAUUGAUUUGUUUUCAUUUUGUUCUACAAAUAUAUAAAAUGUAUUGUAACGCCUUUACAGUGUCAACAAAGGUGUCAUUCAUGCUAUGAAGUGUUGUAUCCAAAUGCUACCAAUGCAAAGCUACUCUGUUUCAGGAUAUAUCAAAUACAGCAGGACUAUCAUGCUUUUUUUUUUUUCUACUUCUUCUUCUUCCCUCACAUCAUUGCUUUAAAUAUCAUGUCUGUAUUUACAUUCUGGGACUUCAGCUUUGGAGUGUUAUUUGUUUGCCAGGAGAGAUUUAUGAUCUGUUUAAUGUGGAGACACCACAGCAAAUGUUCGCUCAUCUAAAGAACGUGAUUCUGGGAAAAGCAUACUCCUCACUUGGUCUGCAUCUGGUCCUUAUUUCAUCAUCAGAGAACUAUAUUGUUUGAAUCCAUAUCAAGCCUUUUAUGUCGGAUCGUUUGAAUACUGUAUGUGGAUCAUCUCAAGAGAACUGCGUCCCCCAGCUUUGCAGAUACUUAACACACACAAAAAACUACCACCCAUUUCAAAUCCCUGCGACACUCACUGUACAUAGGCAUAUAUUUAUUUUCGGAACAAAAAAAAGAAGACAGUGUUCGAUUUGAAAUGAUGUGGCGAGAACAUAAGACUGAUCCUGCAUCGCUGAGGGGAGUUAAUGGUAUUUAUUCAGUUUAUUUUCUACACGCUGUGCACAUUAAUCCACAAAGAUGCCGAUAUACAGCUCAUUUUAUGUUUCACUCUGCAUCGGUUUUCAGGGGAACGUACAUCACACUCUGUCUCAUACAGAACUCCCCAAGAGAGAGAAAGAUAAAAUUUUCAGAGUCGUAGUAGUUGAGUUUAAACUCUAAAAGACUGCAUACACCAGUGAUCUAGAAUUGGAUUGGGCCGCACAAUCUUGGCUCUCCACGGGAGUCAAAUUGCAAAGUCCCAAUAAAGACCACGCCAACUGACACAUGGAAAAUAAUAAGCAGCUGGGUCCUCUGAACCAGAUGGAAACAUUUUCAGAUUCUGCUGUAACAUCUUCCCCCCCAUGCAUUACAAUAAUGGAUCUGAGGCUGUGACACAGUUGUGUUUAAAUUGCCUCAUUCAAAAGCUUGGUUUCAGGUCAGAUAACUUGGCAACAGAAACUUCCUCCAUCUUUCAGUUGGCGUGCUGCGCAGUACAUCGUCAAGUCCAGAGCUCUGUCAGAGUGUGAUGGAUGUGAUUUAGGCCACCAGGAAAACCUUUGCAUCCACUUAAAAUGCCUGUCGUGUCUGUCAUUUGAUCAGGGGAAACAUUAUGCAAGUUAUCAUUGUAUGCUUCAAAACAGAUGGAAGAUGGUUUACCCAAAAUGUGCCAGGCAGUUGGUGUUUAUAGUGGCGACGGCGUGUAUGCUGGAAACUAGUCUGUUCUUGAUUUGUGCCUUUUUAUCAACAUGUGAGUUCUUGACAUGCCGAGCACUGUCUGUCCUAGACUUGUUAUUUCCAGUAGACGGGCAGCAAUAGCACCAUAUGCAGGGCCCCGAACAGCCCUGCCUUCAUACACUGGAUGAGUCACAGCUUCCAUUCCCUUAUUAUAACACCCCAUUUUCAUCUUUGUGUUUGGACACUGUUGCUAACGCGACAACGUAUGACCACUUCCUGUUUGGGAUUAUUUAUCAGUGAUUUGGCUGUAUCACAUUACCAAUCAGCAGUAAUAUCUGUUGAUCUGUAAAGGACUCGGUCAAGCCCAGCUGUCCUGAUGCCUUCUCCUCCCUCCUACCUUGUAAUUAACAGAAGACUUUUAUAGAGGUCACAAAUGAAAUAGAUAAAUGCCAAUUUUGUAAGAAUGAUUUAUAAAAAAAAUAAACUCAUAUUUGAUGAUAACUGCA